AUGCAGUAUUUGGAUAUUGCAGCGAACCAAGAGUAUUUGGUUGAAAGGGUCAAAGCCGCUGCCGGGGAGCCGGAGGUGCGGGGCGAGGGCCCGCGGUGGGGCUCGCCCUGCGACCGCCGCUGCGCCGCCAUUAACGACCCGCAUGGCGACCUGCCCUUGGCCUCCCACCCCCACGCGCCCGCGCCCGCUCGCCUCUCGCCCGCAGUCGUCACCCACCAGCAGCACUUGAACGAGGUGCCAGCGUGCGAGAGCUGCGGGGCAAAGACCACGCUGACGGCCGAGAGCGCAGUGGAGGCCAACAAGCUCUCCAACGACGUCAAGUUCGGCUUCAAGAAGUGGAAGAGCCACGCGACUGCCCGGCCCUGGGAGGACCGCUCGGAGAUCAGGAAGGAGCUCUACUCCAACCUGAACGUCAUCCGUGGCUUUGGAGGCUCCACGGUGACGUUGGACAGCGUCCUCUACGCGCUGCUCUUCGGCUGGUGGCUGGCGCUCCUCUACGUCCUGGUGGCCGCCGAGAUGUUCCUCACCGUCGUGGGGGCUCCUUACGGGCGGCUCUGCAGGGACCUGGGCGGCUACUUCCUCUGGCCCUUCAGCAAAGUGAUCCAGCGGGUGGAGGGUCCCGCCGCGGAGGCCGACGGCACCCGGGAGACCUCGGCCCUGCUCGGCGGCCCAGCGCCCGGCCGCUGGUGCCCCGCGGACCCCGGCUACCGGCAACGCGCUGCCGCCGCCGCCGCCGUGUGGCUCUGCCUGGGCUACCCGGCGCUGGCACUGGCCCACGGGCUCGUCUGCUUCGUCGCCUGGCUCCUCUUCUUCCUCAUCUCCGUCACCAAGAUGAGCACCCGCACGGCCCACCGGGUGCUGCUGCCGCCCCCAGAGCGGGUGCGCAUCUGGCGCCCGCGCAUGACGAACGUGCCGCUGGAGGCGGAGGUGAUCAAGUGCUGCUACCGCGCCGUCAACGCCUACUACUACAAGUACGCCGUGGACAGCAUCAACAUCUUCGCUGUCAACCUGCUGCUGCUGGUGGUGGUGACGCUGGUGCUGGGCUACGUGGACGGGCGCAACCGGCUGACGAGCUCGCCCGUGAAGUUCGCCCUGGCGCUGCUCUCCAUCAUGCCCCUCUCCUACUACAUCGGCAUGGCCAUCGCCAGCAUCUCGGCGCAGAGCAACGUCGCGGUGGGGGCGGUGGUGAACGCCACGUUCGGCUCCAUCACGGAGCUCACCUUCUACAUCACGGCGCUCAUCAAGGGCGCCCAUAAGGGCAGCAAGUGCUAUGAGGAGAUCGUCAAGGCGGAGCUGACGGGCACCCUGGUGGGCUGCGUCCUCCUGGUCCCGGGCUUGUGCACGGUCAUAGGAGGCAUCCGGCACCAGGAGCAGAGGUUCAACAGCCGCUCGGCGGGUGUCAGCUCGGCCCUGCUCUUCCUCUCCGUGGGAGGCGUCUUCGCCCCGAUGCUCUUCUCCAAGGUAUAUGGGAGGCUGGUGUGCGGCGAGUGCCACAACGUCACCCAGAACGCGCUGGGCCACUACCUCUGCAAGAGCUGCCACUUCGACCUGGUGCAGAACAACAGCAUGCUCUACUACAGCCACGUCCAGCCCCUGGUGUACACAGUGUCCCUGCUGCUCCCUGCCGCCUACCUCAUCGGCCUCUUCUUCACCCUGAAAACUCACUUGCACAUCUAUGACAUCCACAUCAGCGACUGUCACAGGCCCUGCCACCACCACAGCACCGUGGUCCACUGGUCUCGGUGGAGGGCACUGGUCAUCCUCCUGCUGGUGGAAGAUGAAGGAAAGAUUAACCCCGAAGUUUGGUACACUCCUAACAGUGUUGGGAAACUUGAUAUAGCGCCUUUCUCAGUUAUUAUUAGAAACCCAGAGAUACCUGUAAGAAUUAAACAAUAUCCCAUCUCCCCUGAGGGCAGGAAAGUUCUGCAACCCGAGAUAAAGAGGUUACUGGAGAGAGGUCUCCUCGAACCUUGUAUGUCUCCUUUUAACACCCCUAUUUUGCCCGUGAGAAAGGCGGACGGGUCGUAUCGACUAGUGCACGAUCUAAGGGAAAUUAAUAAAAGAACUGUGGCCCGCUUUCCGGUAGUGGCAAACCCCUAUACUAUAUUGAGUAGAUUGGGGCCUGAAAAACAAUACUAUAGUGUGAUAGAUCUCAAAGAUGCAUUCUGGACAUGUCCUCUGGACGAACAGAGUAGAGACUAUUUUGCAUUUGAGUGGGAAGACCCAGACACGCAUAGAAGACAACAGUUGAGGUGGACGGUACUUCCCCAGGGAUUUACAGAAUCCCCAAAUUUAUUUGGACAAGCUCUAGAACAAAUUUUGCAGGAGUAUCACACGGGGGAAGGAAUCACCCUCAUCCAAUAUGUGGAUGACCUCUUAAUCGCAGGUGAGACUGAAGAUAGAGUCCGUGAAGAAAGCAUUAAGCUCCCGAACUUCCUCAAUGAAAAAGGGCUAAAAGUGUCAAAAGCUAAGCUACAAUUUGUUGAGGAAGAGGUAAAAUACCUGGGGCACUAUCUUCGGAAGGGAGAGAAGAGAACAGACCCCGAAAGGGUAAGUGGGAUCUUACCGCUGCCACCUCCUAGGAAUAAGAAACAAAUACGCCAACUUUUAGGACUUGUUGGGUAUUGCCGACAAUGGAUAGAAAACUAUAGCGCGAAAGUCAAAUUCCUGUAUGACAAAUUGAGCCAGGAGGGACUACUAAAAUGGAGCAAUGAAGAUGAGGAACGCUUAAAGGAAUUGCGACAUGACUUAGUCAAUGCUCCGGUGCUGAGCCUUCCUGACGUUAAGAGACCCUUUUAUCUGUUCAUCAACACAGAUGACGGUACGGCUUAUGGAGUAUUGAUGCAAGAAUGGGCGGGUAAAAAGAAGCCCGUAGGAUAUCUGUCCAAAUUGCUAGAUCCAGGGGAACACUAUGUCAAUAGGCACCGAGUGGAGCUCAUUGAAUGCGUUGUUGAAGUGAAAGGUGUCCUGGACCUCCUGCUCAGGGACGUUCUGGACUUUGAGCAAUACCAAAUAAUUUUGGUGGAGAGAACAUCCCACACCAUGAUGCAGCAUGUAUCUGGCCAGCGCCUCCUCCAGCGAGAGAGGCAGCCUGAAUCCAAAGUGGUGGCUACCAAUGUGGAGGAAGGCACGGUGGAGGAAGAGCCUCGAGGCAGGUGA